AUGAACAAAUGGGCUCAGGGUCAAAUCUGUAGGAGGAAACAUGUCAAACCACACACACCUCCACCCAGAAACCUUCAACCUUUCGCGACUUCUAUUAUUCCAAACCCUAACCCACGUCUGGGCACUUGGAAGAAGCUAGCAAGAGAAGCUCACCCUUCCCCUAAAGAAAACUUGUCGCUAUCCACAGGUAAACACAAAGCAAAACAGCAAGCAUCAGAUGACAUAGAGUCCGAUUAUGAUCUUGUCCCCAAAAGGUGUACAGAGGCUUCUCCUCCAGAGAAAGAAGCGGCU